UGGACCUUUGUAAAGUACCCUUUUUACGCUCUCUCACUCACAUUCUCUCUUCUAUCUCUCUCAACUCAAGUUGCGGUUCUGUACUACCUUUAUGAGCUUUCAAAGCUUAUUUUCUUGCCCUGUAAAACCUUUGUUUCCUCAUUUUCUUUUGUUAUCUUCCUUUUCCUUUUCAAACCUGAUUUUCUUGUCCAUUCCAAAUUUUGUUUUGGUUACUACCAGCUUAAAAACGUUUUUUCGAAACAGGUCAUUUUCUCAGCUAACUAAGCUCUAUGAUCUAAUAAUCUAAUACCCAGAUCCUUUCUUGUACAUAGAUAUGUGAUAUAUAUAUACACACAUAUUAGUUUAUUUUUCGAUACUUAACUAUUCAAAGUACUAACCCCUCGCAGAGCUCCAAACGACCAAACCAAACAGUACCCUGUUGAGAAAGUUGGAAAAUUAGUACAUCUCAGAAUAUUCCAGUUCGUCAAAACCCAAGAAUAACACUCUGCUGUGUCUAUGGGAUCUGUUAAGUGCGGUUUCAAACGAACCGGACACAUUUCUGUCAGAUAACUGAGAAAAAAGACCAAAAGCGAAAAAGCAGAGUGUUGGGAAAAAUAACAAUGAGAGAGCAGGGGCUUCUUGGUAAUUUUACAGAGAUGAUCUGGCAGCCAUUUAUGAAACCUUCUGCUAAGUCCUCCACUCUCUUCGUCGUCGUCAUCUUUCUUAUAGCUGGUGCGUUUGUUUCCAUGCGCUCAGUUAAUACCACGAACAUUGCUAGAAUGACAAUGCCAAUUUUAAGCGGAACAUCCCACAAAAACCCUCAAAAGCAACCUGAAAUUCCCAAAUCACACCGACCAAAAAUUGAAAUUCAACUAAACUGUACUAAUUACAACCCCACACACACCUGUCCCUCGUAUUAUCCCACCACAUUCAACCCAGAAGAAGAUCGCGACCGUCCAUCUCCUUCGACGUGUCCUGAGUACUUCCGCUGGAUCCACGAAGACCUAAGGCCAUGGGCUCACACGGGUAUCUCAAGAGACAUGGUGGAGAGGGCCAAACGUACAGCCAACUUUAGACUUGUCAUAGUGAAGGGGAAGGCUUACGUAGAGAAGUAUCAGAAGUCGUUCCAAACCAGAGAUAUUUUUACGCUGUGGGGAAUUCUACAGUUGUUACGAAGGUACCCUGGAAGAGUUCCGGAUUUGGAUUUGAUGUUCGACUGUGUCGACUGGCCAGUUGUUCUCUCUAAGGCAUAUAGCGGACCCAAUGCCACGUCACCACCUCCAGUGUUUCGUUACUGCGGUGAUGAUAAUUCACUUGAUAUAGUCUUUCCUGAUUGGUCAUUUUGGGGUUGGCCGGAGAUAAACAUAAAGCCUUGGGUGCCUUUAUUGAAGGAGUUAGAGGAAGGAAACAAGAGAACUAGAUGGGUGGACAGAGAACCUUAUGCUUAUUGGAAAGGGAAUCCAGCUGUUGCAGCCACUAGACAAGACCUUCUUAAAUGUAAUGUUUCAGACCAACAUGAUUGGAAUGCUCGUGUUUAUGCCCAGGAUUGGGGUCGAGAAAUACGAGAAGGGUACAAGCAAUCAAAUUUAGCAAGUCAAUGCAUUCAUAGAUAUAAGAUAUACAUUGAAGGAUCUGCUUGGUCUGUUAGUGAAAAAUACAUUCUUGCAUGUGAUUCUGUUACAUUAGUGGUAAAGCCACGUUAUUAUGAUUUCUUCACUCGAGGUUUAAUACCAGGGCAACAUUAUUGGCCCAUAAAGAAUGAUGACAAGUGCAGAUCCACUAAGUUUGCAGUUGACUGGGGCAACUCUCACCAGAAAGAGGCACAAGAAAUCGGAAAAGCAGCAAGUGAAUUCAUUAAAAAGGAGCUGAAAAUGGACUACGUGUAUGACUACAUGUUUCUUCUCCUAAAUGAAUACGCCAAACUAUUACAAUAUAUGCCCACUAUACCUCCGAAAGCUACUGAACUCUGUUCUGAGGCUAUGGCUUGCCAGACAGGAGGAUUAACCAAGGAGUUUAUGAUGGAAUCAAUGGUAAAGAGUCCUGCAGACACUGACCCAUGUACCAUGCCUUCUCCUUAUGGUCCUUCAUCUUUGUUUUCAGCUCUUCAUAGAAAUACUAAUUCUAUUAAAGAAGUGGAGUUAUGGGAGAAAAAGUAUUGGGAGAGUGAAGGCAAGGAGCAAUAGAGAGGUUUUGAUUUUAUUAUAUUUAACUUUUAUCUAUGCAUGAAGUAAAGGUGCCAAAUUAGUUUCAUGUAUAAUUCAUUUACUUUUGUUUUUUUUUUGGUGGAAUUAGACAAUACUUUCACAAUAUAAAUAUUAAUUCAGAAGUAUAUUGGGUAAA